AUGAGAAGUAAGAGAUGUGAAGAAGAAUUUUCUUUAUCAGUUGGAUGGGAAGAGUUGAGAAAGGAGAAGUAUGAAGAAACAUACCAACAUACCUAUGCUUUAAUGAAAGAGUGGAUUCUCGAACUAGAUAAUCCAAACAAAACAUUGCAUGCUCAAGAAGUAAAUCGUCGUUCAAUAGUUGGAUAUCAAAUGUUUAUAGAUUAA